AGCUGGGGGAGAGAAAGAUAGACAGAUUCAGAGUGAGUGCCAAAGUGUGAUGAGUGAGAGGUAGAGAAAAAUACAGUGAAGAGUUUUGAAUUUGAAUUUCAGAGGGAAACACAAGAGCAUAGUGAGAGGGAGAGAGGGAGAGAGGGAGAGAGAGAGAGAGAGAGAGAGAGAGAGAGAGAGAGACAUUCACACAGGCUGAGGGGUGUGUCAUAGCAAUUUAGUUCCUCAAGGAAGUACAACUCAACAUUAUCUUAAGACAGGGUGGUAAGCACUGACAGAAGCGCUGCAGGAGGGCUGUUUUUUGGGUUUUUGGUUCAGCUCGUGGUGGAGAUGAAGGGAUCUUUUUAAAUGAACCAGCCUGUGCUGUCCACCUGAUACACAGAGAAGAGUGAGAGAGCGAUAUCUGAACCAGACAAGGAGGGAGGGGGACUCAGCAUACACACAGGCAACCAUGGAUGCAUUCAGCUCCAAGGACAUGGCCUUAAAGGCACAGAAGAAGAUCCUGAGCUCCAUGGCCACCAGAAGCUCUGUGCAGAUGUUCAUUGAUGACACUACGAGUGAGAUCCUGGAUGAACUGUACCACGUUUCCAAACAGUACUCGGGUAAUAAGUCUGAGGCUCAGAAAGUCAUCAAGAACCUGAUCAAGAUCGCAGUGAAGAUCGGCGUGUUGUUCAGAAACAACCGCUUCAGCACAGAGGAGCUGGUAGUGGCCCAAGACUUCAAGAAGAAGCUGCACCAGGGGGCUAUGACGGCCAUCAGCUUCUAUGAGGUGGACUUUACCUUCGACAAGGCAGUGAUGUCAGAGCUCCUGUCCAGCUGCAGGGAUCUGUUGCUGAAGCUGGUCAACACCCACCUCACACCCAAAUCUCACAACCGCAUCAACCACGUCUUCAACCAUUACUCUGACCCACAGCUCCUGACCCAACUAUACGAGCCCGGCGGCCCCUUCAGACCCAACCUCACGAACAUCUGUAGAGGACUCAACAAACUGGUGGAGGACGGAACAAUAUGACAUACACAAAGAAAAUAUUUCAGACAGACACUGGGAGAUCAACAGGCACUCACCAUAGACUCUGAACUGUUGGGACAAAAUUCGUCUUACCUGCUGUUGAGGACCAGCAAUGUAAGACAAGUGAUGUGAGAACAAAUGUGCCGCCUGACAGUUCUCAGAGAACAUGUGGGAAAAGAAUAAAGAUUGUGGAGUCAAGUUUGUAUUGUUUAUAGGUGAAACAUUUAGAGCAAACUGUAUAAAUGUGAUGCCUACUUGUCUAUUCAGACAUUUUAGAAAGCAAACUUGAACAUGAACAGAUUUAUACUAUAUCAUGUGUGUUAUGAGCAUAUAAAAUGUCGCCUGAUGUUUAAUAUUUGAGAUCUUGAAAUGUUUUCAUCAGAACUACUGAUAUUACGUAUUCUGGAGUGGAGGAGUUCUAUUAGCUGGACCGGCAGCAUCUGCAGAUAGGACAGGGAACUAUGCCACUGUAAUACAACACUGCCACCUGGUGGUCAAGAUGAUGCUUCAGAAACAGUGAACUGUAUUUACUGAGGUCCAGAUGACGAGGCAGCCAAUAAUAAAGCAAAUAACCCCACCAUCA